GAAAAUUCUUGCUCCAAACGAGUGGUGUGCAAACCGGCACCAUUUAUUAAUUUCAACGGUUUUGUCAGUGAUAGAAGCCAUUUCCAGCCCAUAUCACCAGACCAAAAGGUAGGCUUUUAUUUCGCUGUGAAAAUGUUCGGAUAAAGUUUAUAUUUACUCUCAUUUAAUGAAGACAUAUGGUUAAUAUUAAUUUCCAUUGUCACUAGCAUGCCCAUUCAGUGUUCAACGAGGUUUUUUUAGAAUAAUUAUAUGACUAGAAAUAUAAGCAACAUUUUUUCACAAAAAUAUUUUAAAGUUUCGUAAGCGAAUUAGUUUGGAAUUAACCUAUUUAAAGGUUAAAUUAAAUGAGAGUGAAAAUAACAGGUCACAUGUUGUCCUUUUUAUUCUUUCACUAGCUUCUCCUCUCGAUGCAUUUUAAUUAACCAAGCAUGCAUUUAGAGCCGGCCCUACGGUUGCUGGCGCCCCGGACAAGUUUAACUUUAGCGCCCCUUUAAAGUUUAAUUAUAAUCGUAAAAAUUGUGCAAGGAAAAAAUGGGGAUUUCGUAAUGAGUUCAUUACCUAGGUUGUUUUUUUAAAACAAAGAAUGAACAAUAAUAUAAUUUUUUAAACUUGUAUUUGGACAGUAGGCCUAUAAACAAUUAGUCUACCGUCGGCAGUAUGAACAAUCAGCCUACCGAUGGCAUUUUUUUCUCGCCUUUAGAUCAGCAAAUCUUUUUAUUGCACUUUCUAUGUUUCUUUCCAUCGCGCCCACAUGCAAUGAUUUUUCCUAUUAUGGAAGAUCGUCGAUGGCGCCCUAAGCACAUGGCGCCCUAAGCACAUGGCGCCCCGGGCAACUGUCCAAGUUGCCGGUACCUUGAGGUGGCUUUUUAAUUCAAUAAUCAAUAAUUUAACAGUUGGAGUGAAUCUGGUUGAAUUCAUAUUUCAGCCUGCUAAGUUAGAGUGAAUCUGGUUGAAUUCAUAUUUCAGCCUGCUAAGUUAGAGUGAAUCUGGUUGAAAUCAUAUUUCAGCCUGCUAAGUUAGAGUGAAUCUGGUUGAAAUCAUAUUUCAGCCUGCUAAGUUAGAGUGAAUCUGGUUGAAUUCAUAUUUCAGCCUGCUAAGUUAGAGUGAAUCUGGUUGAAUUCAUAUUUCAGCCUGCUAAUGUUGCAUUAAGAAAGAAAAUAUUCACCCCCACCUCCCUCAUUAAAAAAUCUGGCCUUUACAAAAGUAAAACAUUGCCACUAACAGGAACGUUUUCUCAAUUUCCAAAAUAUUUUAUUUUAGAAAUAAAGAUGUGCUAUUAAGAAAAAUUAGAUUUUUAAAAUAAACAAUAUAUAUUUAAACUAUACUUUUAUUGUCAUGUUUUUUAGGCGGGCUAAAUUUAUUUAAAACAGCAAAUAAUUAAUAUGUUAACUCCAUCGCACAGCCGUGUUUUCAUUGAAAUGGUACAGGUGGCAGCAUACAGAAAUUCAAGGACAAUUCAUUUUCAUUUUAUUGUACUUAUUAUUUAACUUUUUUUUUCUCCAUUUGAUCCCUCGGCCAAUUGAUUCUCAAGUUAAUAAAUGCAUUUAAAAUAGCACACUCAAGCAACACACUGAAAUAGCGGAAAUAACGUUAAAUAAGUAACUCAUUACUUUCCAAAAACAAAACAUGUAGGCCUAGCUACAGUUGUGCACUACAAACACAGAGAUGCGUAUAUCUACCAUACUCACGAGCAAAUUAUAUAUUCUUUCAAGAAAAGACGGGGCCAUUAAAAACUUUUCAUGGAUGAAUGUCCAUUUAUGUUAUUGAUAUUCAUCAUUACCAUAAUGUGAUUUGAAGAUAGACUACCACUUGAGACAAUGAAAAGAAGUGAAAUACUUACCAGGUUGACCAGUUCGAUGAAACUAAAACUUAGAUGUUAUAGGUUAUAUUACAUAAUAAUGUAUGAAAGUAUGAGUGUAUGAAUUUAUGAGUGUAAGAAUGUAUGAGUUUAUGAAUGUAUGAGUUGAUGAAUGUAUGAGUGUAUGAAUGUAUGAGUGUAUUAAUGUAUCAGUGUAUGAAUGUAUCAGUGUAUGAAUGUAUCAGUGUAUGAAUGUAUCAGUGUAUGAAUGUAUCAGUGUAUGAAUUUAUGAGUGUAUGAAUGUAUGAGUGUAUGAAUGCAUGAGUGUAUGAAUGUAUGAGUGUAUGAAUGUAUGAGUGUAUGAAUGUAUGAGUGUAUGAAUGUAUGAGUGUAUGAAUGUAUGAGGGACUGCGUUCAAGUCUGCGGAGUGAAUAAAUUUCGGAGCAAAAUAUGUUUAGGCUUGAAAAGAAAAGUAAGGGCAAUUAAAUGAUAUAUGACAUAGUUCUGACCACGGUAUGUCUUUCCGUGGCCCGUUUUUUUUUUUUUGGACCACUUUAAAAUAUUGCUUUCAUUGUUUCCCAAAAUUAGUAAAAGGGUGGACAUCUUUUUCUAAGCUGGGAAGUGAGUUUUAAAAUAUGGCCCUCUUAAUAAUAACCUGUUAUAGCGCAACACUUAACCAUCCAGACAUUGUGUUUCUAUUUUAAUUACUAUAUUAGUUAUAUUUUAUGAAAAAGGCUGGGGUGGGGGUGGGGGGAAUAUAAAGUUGCCUCGUCAUUUCAUAUUUAUAUACUCCAAGGCCGCGGCAAAUGGUUGGUUAAGGGGUUAUGGUAAGGCUUUUCGCAGAGCCAAUCUCAACCUCCUUGGCCAAGUUUUUUAGGGCACACUUUAGGAAGCGGCUAUAAUUUAUACUUAACAAUAAUAUAAUAAAAGAUGUGGCGCCCAAACUCCCCCCCCCCCAAAUGAAUUGAUGCAAAACUUCUGAACGCCGUCUCUUUAAUUACUGCUUAAUUUGAUUCGAACGUAUUUUUUAUUUUCUUAUUCUAUUGCAAGCAUAGCUUAAAACCCAUUAGCAACUAAGGGAAAACAAUUUAUUGAAUACACAUUCCAUAAAGAGAACCAAAUGCUUGGGUUGUCAAGGGCAAUUUAUUUAAUACACAUUUCAUAAAGAGAACCAAAUGCUUGGGUUGUCAAGGGCAAGGGAUGUAUUUCCUGGUGGGUCAACCUAUGCGUAAACAUUGCCCGCAGGCUCCACCUACCCCACACGGUAACGAAUCAAGAAAAAUUUCCGAAAUUCUGUCCUAAAAGUAGGUCAGCUCCACACUUACCUACAAGACAGGUUCACGAGGUAAGAACAUCUUUAGUACCAAUAGAACGUUAACGUACAACAAGCGUGAGUCGAAACACAUAUACCCCAUGGCAUCUACCCCAUGGCAUCUACCCCAUGGCAUCUACCUUAUGGCAUCUACCUUAUGGCAUCUACCCCAUGGCAUCUACCCCAUGGCAUCUUCCCCAUGGCAUCUACCUUAUGGCAUCUACCCCAUGGCAUCUACCCCAUGCCUUCUACCUUAUGGCAUCUACCUUAUGGCUUCUACCCCAUGGCAUCUACCCCAUGUCAUCUACCUUAUGGCAUCUACCUCAUUGCAUCUACCUUAUGUCAUCUACUCCAUGCCAUCUACCUUAUGGCAUCUACCCCCUGGCAUCUACCUUAUGGCAUCUACCCCCUGGCAUCUACCUUAUGGCGUCUACUCCAUGGCAUCUACCCCAUGUCAUCUACCCAUGUCAUCUACCUUAUGGCAUCUACCUUAUGGCAUCUACCCCCUGGCAUCUACCUUAUGGCAUCUACCUUAUGGCAUCUACCUUAUGGCAUCUACCUUAUGGCAUCUACUCCAUAGCAUCUACCUAACGGAUACAGCAUCUACUUCAAAAUUGCAAAAGCUUCAUUUCAUAGGGACAAUUUUUUUCAGACCUUGCUAAAUGUCCACUCGAAACCUUGUUUAAUUAAAUAUUACAUCAGUUUCUCAUGGAUAAGUCUCAUAAGUCCAAACCUCGCCAACAACAGACUCGGGGUCAUCUCCGUUCGUUCGGGUUACAAGUGUGGGGGAGACCACCAGCUGGGGUAACGAUGCGCGGUUUGGCCGUCUGCCUCCAGAGUGCCGGGUCUUGGGAGCUAGCAUUCCCUCACAAAACGAUCUUCUCUCAUCAAAUAAUUAUUUCUUUGAAGACGUGCCAAAUUAAGCGACGGAAAAAAAACACACAAAAAACGAGCUAAUUUGAAGGAUUUCAAAAAAAAAAAAUAAUAAUAAUUUUUUUUUAAAAUCGUUAAGUUCCCACACUCACAGAGUUCCAUGUUCAACUUUUGUCCUACCUUUGACCAUAUGUACUCAACUGUACUCAUGGGCGCCCGCAGGCUGGGAGGGCAAGGGGGGCACUUGCCCCCCCCCCUGGAUUGAUUGGAUAAAAAAAAUUUAGACAAAAAAUUUAUUAAAGUAAAGAGAAAAUAAAGAGAAAGUAACUAAGCUGAUGUCCUGUCCGUUCGUUCACCAUACAAAUACGCUACAGUAAAUUAAAACUACAUUAAAACAUUACUAAAAAAAUUUUGCCCCCCCCUUAGAAAGUUAAUCGAUUCCCCCCCACCCCCCUAGAAAGUUUUCUGCCGGCACCCAUGACUGUACUGCUAUGUCAGCAAAAUAAAGCGCAAUGCCAUUUCGUCAUUCCUAAGUAAAACAAGCCUCGUUAUUGCAUACAACCAGGCAAACAAACAACGACAUUUAUUUGUUUCAUACAAUCAAGCCAAGAAGCAAACAUUUACUUGUAAUCAAGCUUUUAUGAGCACUCGUUUUAAAAGUAAAGGUUGCAUUUUUUGUCUGCCAGAUAUUUUCGACUUUUUUUCUUCCCCAAACCUAAUAUCAAUUCCUUACGUACCUGUAGACACAUAACGGGCAGAAGUAGAUUUGUUGUGUUCGGUGAUAGAACUACUGACCUUGACAUUCUUGGAAUCUUGACAAGGUACGCUGAGAACUUUAAGCUAGGUGUUUUCUUUAUAUAUAUACCGGUGCUCAACUUGAAAAGGGGGGGGGGGUGUGCUGGCUAUAAAUAGCAUGCCCCACAAGGCUCCCGUAAAAACAACAUCGUCUGCCACGCAAAACGAGCAGAUCAGCUGAGUGGUUUUUGGAAUCUUGACAAUGUACGCUGAGAACUUUAAGCUAGGUGUUUUCUUUAUAUAUAUACCGGUGCUCAACUUGAAAAGGGGGGGGGGGGUGUGCUGGCUAUAAAUAGCAUGCCCCACAAGGCUCCCGUAAAAACAACAUCGUCUGCCACGCAAAACGAGCAGAUCAGCUGAGUGGUUUUCAUUACCUAAUUACGCAACCGUUAAUACUUUCAAAUAGUGCCGCUUUGCAUUUUCUCACUCCCAAAUACUUGCUGCUAUCCAGGCUUCAUAGAAGAAACAUAAUUAAUUUCAGUGACGAGGAAGAUAUAUUAUAUUUAUGUACGUUUAAAAUAUUGAAAAAAGAUAUAGCCAAUGAGAUGUCGCUUAACCAAGCUGGUUCAGGUCACAGGUCAUUAUUAUUGACUCCUAUGAAAUUAAGUUGUCAAUUUUUAAAUUUAAAAAAAACAAUGCAGAAAAUGAAUGCAAGAGUAACAUGGCAAGUCUGAUCUUUGUUCCAGUUUAUCCACACCACCCCAAUGUUUUUCUUUCUUUCUUAAAAAUAAUUGUGCCGUUUAAAUAAAAUGCUUUUGUAAGAAAUCCGCAAGAAAAAACGAACCAUUUUGGGUAGAGGAUUCACGGUUCUUACUUUGGUGAACGCAACAUGACGCAAUUCUGGCAAAGUUGCAUUGAACUGUUACUCAUUUAUAUGAAGGCCAAUGUCACUGCUGGUGGUAAACAAUCAUCAAGGGCAAUGCCAGCGAGAGCCAAGGCUAUAAAUAAAUCAAGGGAGUUCACCUUGACGCCACAUUUUGAAAAGCUGAGACGGAAGGCUGCAUAGUUGAGGAUAAAGGGAGGGAAUAGGGGGGGGGAGAACACCCUGAAUGUCCCAUCCCCAAGUGACCUUUAGGUUCGCUAAAUAUAGAACAUAGAGGAAAGAGGUGAUCAAAAGAUAGCCUAUGGCCUUAUUUACUUUGAGCAUCACAUCUCUUGGAGAUGUUACUAAGGCAAAGAAUGUGUUAAAGCAGGCCUGCACAACUCAAAAUGCAAGGCGGGCCAUAAUAAUUUAUGAAAAACCUGUGCGGGCCGUAAUACUUAAUGAAAACUUGUGCGGGCCGAAAGAUGAUAGGACAGGGAGGAGAGAUAUUUAGAAAAUAAUUACAAUAAAGAAUAUUCCGUUACUUCGCGGGCCACCAAGUGCGUGCUGGCGGGUCACAUGCGGCCCGCGGGCCAUAUGUUGUGCAGGCCUGUGUUAAGUUUUCAACAACAACAAAAAAUAAAUAAUAAUAAUAAUAAAAAUAUGUUUUUUAGCAGAUAUAAACAUUAUUACCGGUUGAAAUAUGAAUUAAAUUUACUAACCAGUAGUUUGUAAAUGUUUAUUCUGGUGCGGCUGUGUAGACAGCUGGUGGGAGGGUGGGUGGGGGUGGUGCUUUGGCACAUUUUAAAAGGGGUGUGUGGCGAGUGUAAAAGCCAAGCUCAAACGCUAUUUUUAGUAGCGUGUAUAUUUAGAAUCCCUUGACAUUUAUCUCUCUGGGCUGAGGCCCGUAAGAGUUGUUUAAAAAUCUCGAUUGGGUGGCGUAUUCUAUUUACACGGGUGAGGGAUUUGUCAACGCAUUUAGUUGUUAGUCAUACAACAUACAUGUUAGAGACACCGCACCACCGGACUGGAUUGACGGUAUAAAUAUUAAGUUCCGUCCUCUAUCAGUACCAACACAAUGGUUUUAAUGAGUUUUAUUAGAUAUAAUUGUUAUUUUCCAUUUAAAUAUUCAAUUUAUUAAGAUAACGGUCUCUCAUGUCGUGACCUAUAGCAUCGCCCUUUGGUUUCAUGCAAAAGUAGAUGAUUUUGGAACAGUCAAAUGACCUACUUACCGUACUGAGUUACUGCAGAUCUGUUUUCUUUGGACUUAUCCCGUGGGAAGUUACCAACAAAACAUGACUCUCAAAUGAGGGAGAAAAGAAAAAGCUCCACACUCCCAUUAUAACUGGAGCAAACCAGGUGGAAAUUGGGACUUUGGGGGUUUCCGAAGACGGUACGCUCUUGAAAGCAACCGAGCAGGGAGCUUGGCACGUGCCCAGGGUAAACACGUAAUCGACUUCACACUUCCAUCCGACGGCGAGGGAUCGGCACAAUUAUUUGAUGUGAUGAACGCAUCGCUGUAACAAUCGCUUUGCCCAACUGCUCCCGUCGGAUUCCGCAGUUGUAUCACGUCCGAACGACGGGGUCCAGGAAAUUGAAACAAUCGUUUAAAUAAUCCGAGAUUGUAAGAAGCUUUCAAGUAAAAUAUCGUUUAAAAACUAUCUGUUUUGAAAAUUUUCAUCAACUUCUGAACACGCUAACACUACAUAUGUGUACUAUGUACAGUGGCGUACCUUAACUAAAUGCCACCCUGAGCUAACACCAAAAAAGUUUGUGCCCUCUGGAAUACGUUUAAUAUAUGUUGGUAAUAAUCAUUAAAAUGUGCCACCCGGGGCGUUACCCCCCCCCCGAUACUCCACUGACUACAUAGGCAGGGGGAAGCAUGCGCCCCCCCCCCCUUUCCCAGCGUACUUAGAUUGAUUAGAGUUGUUUGAAAUGCAAUAAAUCUAACUUUAAUAGUCUAUUUUUAACUUUGUUGUUGUUGCUAUUUUCCACCCCCCUCCUCCCAGUUUUUCCACACUCAGCAGGUCAAAAUGCCCUUCAAGCCCCCAGAACAAGCCAAAUGCCCCAAGUGUGGCAAGAGCGUGUACGCUGCCGAGGAGAAGGUGGCCGGAGGGUACAAGUUCCACAAAGGCUGCUUCAAGUGCAGUAAGUCAUAGUGCGAUUUCAAUGUUGAAAGGAUGAUAAGACUUGGAUCAGAUGAUAGUGACACUACGAAUAGCACACUAUUUAGCCACCUUUUUAAGUCACCAAGAAACAUUUACCGCGUAGUUGUAUUGUAAUUGUAAUAAUAAGAUUGAAAUAAGAACGUGUAUUGUAUUGGUUUUUAUUUAUCUAUUGUCUGAACGUGAUGUAGGUACGAAAGCUGUCCCAUAGUUGACAUUUGCGACACUAUAAGUAGCGAGUUCAUUAGCAGGAGAGUCUUGCAAAACUCUGGAUGCAGGUCAAAGGUGGCAAGGCGCAUCAAAAUGACUGUUUAACUUAGUUUAAUUAAGAGGGAGUGUUUAUUGACCGAGUCACACUGAAUAUUUCAGCUCAACUUAGUACAAAUGCAUUUAUUAAUUCUUCACUCAGAUUUUUACAAAAUUAAUAAGAAUACUGGAUCCUCAAGUAAUAAAUAAGCUUCCUACGCGUUGGCACACCACAUUAUUUAUCCAAUAUUUUAAAUUUUUAAAUUUCUUUCUAAACUUGCCGUAAAUGUAUCACACAAGCUAGAGCCCCCCUUCCCCCCUUUUUUUUUGGGGGGGGGGGGUCAUGCAUACAAUGUUAAAUAUGGAAUAUAUUUGCUUUGAUGACUUUCCCCCUUCUUCCUGACCCACAGACAUGUGCAACAAGUUCCUAGAGAGCACCAACGUGAGUGAGCACAACUCUGAGCUCUACUGCAAGCAGUGCCACGGGCGCAAGUUCGGACCCAAGGGGUACGGCUUUGGCGGUGGAGCUGGUGCAUUGGGGAUGGACAAGGGAGAGAGAUUCGGAAACAAGGCUUGCGAGAUGGAGUAAGUGAAGAGUUUAAUAUCAAGGGUGGUAACUUUGGUACUGGAAAAUAGUACCGGGAGUAGUUUCCCUUGAACAAAACAAAAUCAUAAAUUUAACUCUCAAAAGAAACAAAAUAAUUAAGUGUAUGUUAAUGCUAAUAGUCAUCCAAUAUUCUAUAUAGGCAUACAUUAAAAUAUUUAAGAGUAGGCAUUGGCCUAGGAAGAAGCAUUUUUUCCCCCUUUUUAUAAAGAGUUGGCAUUUUUGGCCAACUGCAGAUUCUUUUUCCAUGGAGGGAGGGGCAAACGCUUGGCCUGCCCCAAGCCCAAGCAGCACCAACCCUAGCUACGCCACUGAGAGUGGAUCUGUUAUUAUUAGAGCAGUAUUUGAUAAAUUAUGGUAACUCUAUACUAUACUAUGAAUAGAGUGUAAAUAAAUGUGUAUUUAUCAAUUUGAAAAAAACAAAAACAAUGGAGGCAACUCACUGGCAACUGACUAACUCUAUGGAGUUGUCUUCCCCUCAGUAACAAACCCACUGGCGAUUCUUUCACUGGAGCUGCCAUCUCAGGAUCUGAUUCUGGCACUGGACCAAAGUGCCCCAGGUGUGGCAAGACCGUCUAUGAUGCCGAGAGAGCCAUCGGGGCUGCAGUGGUAAGGAACACAAGGGACAUUGUUUAUUUAGAGAUGUGAUAAAUCAAAAGGUGGAUUAAUUUUAGCCAUAUGCCAUAUGCAGAGGUAUAAUUUAUUAUAUAUAUAUAUUCCAUAUAUUCAUACAUACAUAUAAAUAUACAGAGAGAGAUAUAAAUAUGUAAUAUAUCAUACAUUUAUGAUUUCAUUUAAAACAUGUCUUUUAAAAGACCCUUCAUUAAAACACACAUAUUAAUGACGUCCUUCUGGUUUUAUAGCCUUGGAUCAUUUUUUAAGUAGUCAAAGUGCUAAUCUAUUUCAAUGUCCUGUCAGCGAUAUACAACCUUUUUUUGUAAGUCAAAGCAUAGCCAUACAAAGACUUUUAAAACAUAUUCAAAUACAUCGCUUUUUAAAAAAAAAUCUCUCUUUAUUAGCUAUUGAUACAAAAAAUUAGUUUGUCACGGAUAUAAGCAUAAUUUUGGAAUGCAAACAACUUGUUUGUCAUACCGGUAGAUAAAAAAUAUUAUUUUAAAUAGCAAAUAUUUAAAGGGUAAGAAGAUAUUAAAAAGAAUAUUAAAAAUAUAUUUUAUCACUGCUUACUUCUAGCCAUGGCACAAGACCUGCUUUAACUGCAAGAGCUGUAAAAAAUCUGUGGACUCAAGCACUAUGGCUUUUCAUGAUGAGGAGGUUUAUUGUAAA